GGAAAUGACGAAGGCAGAGGUCGUCCAGGUCCGUUCGGUAACCGGGUCCCGCGCGUCCGGUCCCAGCUCGGGGGGGAAAGAGCCCCGAGCGGAGCAACCUGGCCGCGUGCCGCCUCCGGAGCCAGCAGCCCCCAUGCCUGCAGGUUACGGGGUGAUGGCUGACGAUGGCUCUAUGGAUUAUAGUGUUCAUGAGGCCUGGAAUGAAGCCACCAAUGUUUACCUGGUAGUGAUCCUUGUUAGCUUUGUUCUCUUCAUGUAUGCCAAGAGGAAUAAAAGGAAAAUUAUGAGGAUAUUCAGUGUGCCACCUACAACAGAAACUUUAUCAGAGCCCAGCUUUUAUGACACAAUAAGCAAAAUCCGCUUAAGACAGCCACUGGAAAUGUAUUCCAUUUCAAGGAAGUAUGACUAUCAGCAGCCACAAAACCAAGCUGACAGUGUGCAACUCUCGUUGGAAUAAAAUCACAGAAAAUGAACAACAUAAGUAAUGGUUCAGCAGUCUGGUAGUAAGCUCCUAAAUAUACUAAAUCCAUGAACAGCAUUUUCUUUUUAAACCCUAUGUCCCUAAAAUCAUUUCACUUGUCAUUUUUUCGUUUUGUUUUGCUUUUUAAAAUUACAUCUCCAAGUCAUUUGUUAUACAAAAAAAGGUGGGGGGGAGCAGUCAAAAUACCUGGACGCAGAGAGUCUGUACAUACUUAGGAAGAUAGAAUAUAACCAGAGAUGGUGAUUUUACCUUGUGAAGACCUUUGAUUUCUUCAGGAUACAAUCAGUCAGGAAUAAAAAUACAUUUUGGAAGAGAGACUUGAGAUUAUGCUACUUUGAUUUAAACAUUUUUGCAAAAUUAAAAAGUAAAAAUCCAGUCAUUGGAAGAACAUCAUCCUCUUCAAUUGUAUUCUGUGAUGAAUGUAAUAUGGAUAGUGGACGGAUUUGUGUUCUCCCUGCUGUCGUCACUGCACUUUAAUUGAAUUAACGAUCUUUGCUUCUUCCGAACUUGCACAGGAGACUGUCUUUUCUACUCUCUUCAUGAAGCAUACCCAUCUGCUAAUUGUGGAAGCUUUCUGUGAUUGGAAUGUUUUCCCUUCAUUGUGUUCCCAGGAGUUUGUUUGUUUGUUUGUUUGUUUGUUUGUUUUAAAUCCCACAGUUUCAUUCCCACCAGAACAGUCUUCCUUGGACCAUGCUGGAGCCAUGCUGCUGAAUAAAUGGGCACCUCUCUACUGGUGUUGGCAACUUGCUUUUUUGGUCAUGUAACUCUCAUUUAAUGUGACUGUCUGGUUACUUACACUUUUCUAGCAUAAUAAACUUCCCUGAAGACUCUCAUAUCUUGUACCGUACAUUGAAAUGUUUUUAUCUAAUUUUUCAUAUUUAUUUAAAUAAAAGUUAGUGGGAGGUAGUGGCAGGGAAAUUUACCCGUCCACAUCACUGUCCAACAAUUAGUUUUUGAAUCAAAGCUA